CGAUAUGAAAAUGACAGUGCGCUGCAGUAAACAGUGAAAAAUAUAUCUGAGUGGGGUCCAAUUGGGCUGCGAAAACUGUAUUAAACUCGGUACAAAGACAAUCUGCAGGGUGGAGGCCAGGCCCACACAUACAUACACUUUCAACAGCAGCGCAGCUUGACGAGUGAAGUGGAAAAUGUAUCCAAAGGAGUCCAAUGGCCGUAUUUGCGAGCAGAUAUGAACGAAAAUUGCCAAUUGACGACACCCAGGCGCUGAGCUGCGAGAUAACCGCAGUCCAGGAGGUCACCGGACAUACGGAGUACCUGCUGCGCGUGUGGAGGGGCGCCAGCAACAAAGACUACUGGACCGUUCUGCGCCGCUACAAUGACUUUGACCAACUGGACAAGUCUCUCCGCGUCUCCGGCAUCAAGCUGCCGCUGCCUCGCAAACGCAUCUUUGGUAACAUGCGCCCGGAGUUCAUAGCUGAACGGAAGCAAGCCCUACAAGAGUACAUAAACGCCGUACUAAUGAAUCCCAUAUUGGCCUCCUCGCUGCCAGCCAAGCGCUUUGUGGAUCCCGAGAGUUACUCGCAGUCCUUUCACGACCAUGCCGUGCAGAAUGCCAUGCUCUGCCUGCGCAACGACGCUACAUGGUUGCUGGGUGGAAGUAUGGGCGCCAUAGGCUGGCGCCUUCGAAAGCACUACUUUAAGGUUACUACAAAGCCGCCUGAGAAAAGCAGCAACAAACAACUGGUUAAGAGCGGCUCACAGACGCACCAGAGCAAACAUUUUGCCGCUGGGAGCAGCAAUGGCAGCGGUCACUCCAUCGACGCCGGAACCUUAGAUCCCGGGUCAGAGGUGAUAGCUGAGUGGCUGGAGUACGGACCCGACAAGUUUAUCGACGAAAAAGAAAUCGGGGGCAUAAUGAAAAGCUUAAUGGGCCUGCAGCAUCCGCACAUCGAGCCGGUUCUCCUGGCAGCACACACCGAAAACGGUUGCCUGGUCAUAAGAAAAUUUCACAAGCAUGGUACUUUAAAGGAUGUUUUGUGCAUGGCCGCGAAUCCAAAGAAUCCCUUUCUUAGCAAGUACGGCAAUCCCAAGGGGCGCACUGCGCUUUCAAUGAAACAAGUGGCUACAUAUGGGAAGCAAAUUCUAGAGGCUCUAAUAUUUUUGCACUCAAAGGGAUAUGCAUAUGGUCACCUACAUUCCGGAAACAUAGUGAUAGUCGACGAUUGUGUUAAGCUGCUGGACAUCGAGAACUUUUUGCUGGGCGUACCCGCGUUCUACAGGCCAUUUUUCAUGCAGCACAGUAAAAUCCAUGCUAUCGAAACCAUAGAUGUUUACUGUUUUGGUCAUGUCCUUUUCGAAAUGGCCAUGGGUUAUCCGCUGCAGGAGUCUGUUGUGCGCCAGAUUUCCGAAUGUCCCGAAGCGCUAAAAUGUCUUCUGGAGAGCAUUCUUUCCAAGGAAGCUUGCAAAGCUGGCCUGCCGACGCUGGAGCAAUUGUUGGGUCACAGAUUUUUUUUGCAAUAUGCUUCAACUGAGAGCGCCGGCGUCGCUACCACUGCUGAAAAGCCGUACUUUAAGCUAUCAUUGAAUGCCAAAGAGCUGCUAAAGCAGGCGGCUAUCAAGAGCGAGAACCGGCUCCGGGACGAACAAAAGUCUGUAAAAAACCAAAAGCGGAUUGUGCGGGUCCAGGAACUGAUGAGCUCUGAGGAGGAAAAGCGGAAGUCUAAGCAGAAAGCAAAACUAGAGCACAAACAGUCGAAGCUAAAGCAGCAAAGUUCAAUCCAAACAAACAAUGGACGCUUGUCGCUUGUGGCUGCGACUGCAGCGGCAGCUUCAUCCAGCACCGCGGUGAUAGGUGGGUUAUGUGGGACCGACUCCUUCAACCGCUCCGACAGCACUCCCGAGGAGCCCACACUGGCCGGCAUCAAAUCACCACCGCUUACUCCGGGGCCCCAAUUAGGCGGCAUAUAUCAGGAAUUACCGUCGUCGACUGGCGCACCGGUGGAACGGCAGUCCUCGACACCAAACAUGCUGUCUGAGGAUGUUGAAGGCGGCGAUGGCGAAGAACCAACCCGCACCGCUCUUCUCGAGUCCAUCUGCAAGUUUAACCGUGGAUCGCUGCGCAAAGUGCGAUCUAACGACUAGCUGAGGAACUGAGAGAUUAAUAAACAUUACAAUUUUUGGACCAAAUGUGGCGUUAUGAAAUAACGAUACCAUCAAAAAUAACUUGAGCUAAUCGAAUUCCAAAAGCUACAUUUUACAUAGUAAGAAACAGAAAACCAGCAGAUCGAAGACACCGCUGAGUAUAGCAUAUACCCAAAACAAUCCAGCAAUUACUAUAUGUACUAACGAAACCCACUGAUUAUAAUUAUUGCAUAUUAUACGUGUCCACCAUACAUUGCAUACGAUUUAUCGGCUAAAAAGAAUGUGUCUAUUUAUGUAAACAAGUUACAUGUCACUCACUUGCGAGCAGAUUUCCGAUCGCAACUAAAGCUUUACCUAUGUGUCCACUACACGACUGAAACUAACUUUGGUACGAAUAUCUUAAUUGGAAACAAAGAAUCUAAAUCUUAAAACAAAAAACAAUACGAAUGAAACGACAUAAAGAGAAAUUAGAACUUUCCAAUAUUUACAUAAGUCUGCACCAAAAUUUGCACUAGACGAAACACUAUUCUUUUAUAUGGCCCACUGGCCAACAUAAUACAUGGAUGUUAGAUGUCUUAAGAAAUCGUUCCUCGGUGUUGUGCUAUCUCCACCACCGCGGUAUUAUCGCCAAUUUGUAGUAGUUGUACUGCAGGUUUUGUAACUGAGUUUGAGUUUUAAUAUUUCGAAGAGCCACGAAUGUUUCAAAAACACUCAACUGUUCGUUACAGACAUACACGGAGUCCUGGACUCAAAAAAAUUAAAGCAACAGACAAAGAAAAGAAUAUGUGGCAAAGAACUCGCACUGUUAUUGUUUAACUUCUUAUAGAUAAUUUAUUAGGUGUGUAUUUAACCGAAUCCAAACGUAUCGAGUAUAUUUAUAUUAAUAUGUGUAUAUAUAUGUAAUUGGUGUUUUGUGGCCACAAGAGCACCCAGUAAUAACGUAAAUAUCGUAACUUGGAUGUGUAUUAUUGUCUACUGACUGUGUAUAUGUUUGAUAUAUAUACUUUAAAUGCAAGACCGACUCGAAAUGUGAAGUAUAUUCCCACACAUAUUGCAAACCAAAUAAAGUGUAAACUAAUUGUUGUAAGCUCA